UCUUCAGUUCAUAAACAAAAAGAAAAAACACAAAAAAAGAAUAAAAUAUUGAUUAUAUCAUUUAAAUUAUAUAAGAUAUGGAUAUGCAAAUUGCUCUGCCUGUUAUUGGAAUUGUUGCUGCUGCAGCUGUGACCUUCUAUGCUGUAAGCUUCUCUGAGAUUAGAGAGAAAUCAUUUAGAGAGUUGGAUGAAUCUGAAUCCGAAAAUGGAGGCUAUAAGCCAACACCAAGCUCUAGAGAGAGGAGAGCUAGAAGACAAGCUAACAAAAAUUCCAAACCCUAAAUUAGUAUUACAUAAUCCUUACUUUGCUGCCAAUUGCAGGUUUACGCCACCGUCUUUUAUUAUUAUAAUGGGAUGAUGAUGAACUUGUCUAUUGUUUGGUUGGCUUUCAUUUUCAAUUUUGUGUUUCACUACAUAAAAUUAAUUGCUAUUUAAUAUUUAAUAUGAUGCUUCAACAGCAAUGAACCCCAA